AUGCGAGUUGUGGAGAAUGCCUUUGGUAUUCUUCCAAACCGAUGGCAAUUUCUUCUCAACACUUCGCAACAGGGUGGUGGGGUGUUCCGAUUCUUCAUGGUGGGAAAGAUAGAAGACAAGUGCGUGGCCUUCACCGACUACCUCACCGUGUACACGUCGCUGCACGUCUACCUGUACCAGUUCACGCUCAUCUUCAUCCUACCGGUUGUAUCAGUUCUUACAUGCAACAUCCUUGUGCUUUUCAAGAUAUACAGGGUGAUGAAGCCUCGAAGUCCAAACGGAACAACCCUCUCCAGGUCCAGGAGAAACGUUGCUAAAACCCACAAAACCACCCUGAUGUUGCUAACAAUAUCAUUCGUGUACGUCAUCACAUUGUUUCCAUCCGUGGUGGUGUCAAUCGUCGUCCAUGUUGCGAUAGCAACGAGGUACACAGGCACGAGGGAACUGUUUAUGAGGAUACGUCCCCUGACAGAUCUGUUUGAGUUGUGCUCAGACUUGAAUUACUGUUCAAACUUCUUUAUUUACAUUUUAUCGGGGAAAAUGUUCAGGUAUGAGCUUCGGAGAAUAUUCGCCUUUGAAAGGAGUACUGCGCUAACAGCCACUUCCAAAGCCAGGGAUGAAAUGGCUCUUGUGUGA